CUUGGGACAACUAACUUCUUACGAACAGUUGCCGAUACCCGGGGAUCAGCGCGACAUCGCGGCAGCAAUGACACGACGUUGAGGAAGGUACGAGCGGCAGGAAUGCUGCCUUCUCUUCUCUUCGUCCAUCCACCCACCCUCUACCGCCCCGGCCAGACUCUGGAAAUCUUCCUUUCCAUGCCCUAUUGGACGGCCGCGUGGAUAGCAUGACCGUACAGCCUGGCCAAUGGAAGGAUCUACAUCCGCGGCAAACGUCGAGGGGCGAACAGAACUCGUGGACUCGCUCAUGACGCGCAGGGCGGACAGUUUGAAAGGCGGCGAGAAAAUCCUCGAAGACGAGAAAGUCGAAAACUCGCCGGAUCCGUCGGGCUCGGCCUCGCCAUACCACAGCGACGAUGAGGAUCCCAAUGAAAAGAUCAUUGUCGCCUUUGACGAGGGCGACAAGGACGACCCGUACAACUUCUCCCGCGGCCGGAAACUCUACAUUGUCUUCGCGGGCAUGCUGCUGGUCAUCAACAGCACGAUGGGCAGCGCGCUCCCCGCUGGCGCCACCGAUGCCACCAAAAAGUACUUCCAUAUCGAGAAUGAGGAGUUCCUCGUGCUGCCCGUGUCCAUCUACCUGAUCGGAUACAUCCUCGGUCCUAUGGUUUUCGCGCCGUUGAGCGAGUCAUAUGGUCGUAAGAUCGUCAUGACUUGCACUUUCAUCAUGUUUACCAUUUUCGUCAUGGCUUCCGCUCUGGCGCCCAACUUCGCCAGCCUGGUCGUCUUCCGCUUGCUUGCCGGCAUUGGCGCCAGCACACCCGUGUCGGUGAUUGGAGGAAUCUACGCGGACAUUUACAAGGAUCAGCGAGCGCGAGGACUGGCCAUCACGGCCUUCAUGGCGGGCACGACGUGGGGUCCAUUGGGGGGGCCCAUCAUUGCGGGCUUCAUUUCCGUGGCAGAGGGAUGGCGGUGGGCGUACUGGAUCGAGCUCAUCAUCGCCGGCGUGACCUGGCCCAUCUUCAUCUUCAUUCCCGAAACGUACGGACCGGUGUUGCUGGAGCGAAAAGCGAAGAAGAUGCGGAAGGAAACGAGCAACCCAAGAUUCGUUGCGCCGUCAGAAGUGGACAAGCUGGACUUCUGGUCGAUUGUCACUGUCGUCCUCACGCGACCCUUUCGCAUGUUCCUGUUCGAAGCGAUUGUGCUUUUCAUCUGCCUUUACCUCUCAUUGGAAUAUGGCAUUUUCUACAUCUUCUUCCAAGCCUAUGGACCCAUCUUCAACGGCAUCUACGGUUUCAAUCCGGGUGAAGUGGGGUUAGCCUUUCUACCCAUUGGCGUUGGUGCCAUGAUCGCGACCGGUUGCUAUCUUUGCUGGGACUGGUAUCUGCGACGCGCGCAGAACAGCCCGCAUCCGCCCGCGUGGUCUCAAAAGGAGGAGUAUGUGCGGCUGCCGCUUGCUUGUUUUGGAGGGCCGCUGAUUGUCAUCGGCCUAUUAUGGCUCGGCUGGGCUGCACGACCAGAAGUGCCCUGGAUCGUGCCCGUGCUGGGAGCACUGCCCUUUGGCAUCGGCUUUCUCAUCAUCUUCAUGUCACUGAUCAACUACAUUGUCGACGCAUACGAAGUCUUCGCCGCGAGUGCGCUGGGCGCCGCGUCGGCUUCGCGAAGCAUAUUCGGAGUGGUACUCCCUUUCGCCGCGAGGCCCAUGUACAGCAGCCUGGGCGUGGCAUGGGCGUGCACGCUGCUGGCUCUGCUGAGCGCACUCAUGUGCCUCGUGCCGUUCAUCUUCAUCAAGUACGGGGAGAAGAUGCGGGAGAACAGUCGGUUCUGCAAGGAGCUGAAGCGGAAGAAGGCGCAGGAUGAAGCGAGACAGCAGCAGCGGUGGGAGAGGCAGCGGAGAGCGAGUGACCGGCUCGCGGAAGCGGAAAAGGGAGCGGCGGAGAAGGCCGCGUAGGAGAUGAACGAACGAUACGUAGCCAAAAAAUUCCUUAACGAUCGAUAUUGAUCCGCGCCGGGUGGAUACUGUAUGUAGAUCUACGAUUGCCCGGCUGAAUGCAGGAUCAGCAUGACGCAAAAGCAAGCCAACCGUGAAAAGGAGCAUUUGAGGCUGUGCUGAGUGUGCCCAAAGGCCCGACGUCAAGGCUUUAUAAUCUGCGGCUACAGAUGCGAAAUUGCCCUCCGC